CUUAAAUAGAUUCAAGCAUACAUCAGGUAUAAACUAGUAUAUUCAGAGAAGCAGAAGGACGUACUUGCUGUAGCUUGGGUAAUGGAAGAAGCUUUUAUAUUACUCUACCAAGAAUUCCAGGUCUUGCAAGCGAAAUGCAGAAAACAGGCUGAACUUCUCCAGAAACUGCUUGAACAAAAAGGAAUUUCUAACAAAUUGCCAUUUUCAAAGCCAAUUCAAUGCACUGAUGACGGAGAUUCUUCAGGUUCAGAAAGUCCUUUCUUUAGGCUUCAUGAGAAGAAAGAAGUUUGUGCAGCACUUUCAAACCCACCGGAAGCUGUACUAUGUCAAUCUGUGCCACUGACGUCCAAAGACUUAGACUUUGAUAUAAAGUUCCCUCCAGAUGUGGAAAAUUAUAGUUUUCUUGCUAGUGAGGCUGAGAAGGUAGCUUGGGAUCUUUCCCAAUUAGACCUUACCCUGGAUAAGAAAGGAAGAAACAGUGAACUGGAAUUAUUUAUCAAACAUUAUACACCACAAUUUCCAAAUGGCAUUAGUAGUGCAGACAAAAGAGCACCUCACUCUACAAUUAAAGGUCUUGACUUUUUAGAUCCAAUUAGUUCUAAUCAGAAUCUCAGUCUAUCAAAUUUAUACGAGGAAGACUUAUGUUAUCUGCAAUCAAAGGAUAUUUCUUUUGGAGAUUCUUUAGAACCUGAGAAUAAGAACCCUUUAGGAAUUAGAGGACCAGCCCAGCCUUCAUGGUCUCCAGGUUGCCUUUCUGAAGAAUGUCAGCUGGGUCAUCCCAUGGAUAUGAAUUCAGAUGUGCGAAUAAGUUCUCAGAUUUGUGACUUCUGUCAAGCUGUAUUUCCAGCAGGUGCUGCAACCAAAGGGGAAUACCUUAGGCACCUUACUGGGCAUGUAGAAUAAAUGUCAGCAUUAACAACGCUCCUUAAUUUGCAUUUUUUACUUGAAAAUCAUGUUACACCCCUAAUUUAUUGGAUAUACCUCUUAAUAACACCCCAAGCUUUGUAUUAUAGUCAUGCAUUUAUAUAUUAAAAAAAGAGAUACUAUGAGUGACAAAGUAUAAACCUUUUCAGAUUUGGAA